UCAAUUGUCGUUGACAUGUCAUUUGUAUCGGUAACACGGCGUGUUGUUUUAUCCGAAAUUAAAUAAAUAAUUUUACGUUAAAUAACUUAAAAUACAAUAAAAGUUCACAAUGUUGCGGCGGCAGGCGCGUUUGCGCCGUGAAUAUUUGUAUAGAAAGUCUGUGGAAGACAAACAGAAGAAUAUUCAAGCGAAAAAAGAUCAAUUGAAACGGUGUUUGGAAGAAAACAUUCCUAUCCAUGGAGAUCUGAGAAAAGAGGCCCUUGCUUUACAGAAAAGAAUAGACUAUGAAGAUAAAGGCCCAGAAAGAGCAGCAGUAAUAGGUAGUUUCAGUGGUGGUGCGAACACACAGAGCUCUCAGGAUGAUGAGUACAGAUACGCUGGAGUUGAGGACCCAAAGAUCAUGAUUACCACCUCACGAGAGCCCAGUGCCAGGCUUAAGAUGUUUGUUAAGGAACUUAGGUUAAUAUUCCCAAACAGUCAGCGUAUGAACCGUGGUGGCUAUGAGAUGUCACAACUGAUACACGCAUGCAGAGCCAAUGAGGUCACUGACUUCAUUGUGGUGCAUGAACACAGAGGUGUGCCUGAUAGCUUGGUAAUCUGCCACCUCCCAUACGGACCGACAGCAUCGUUCACUCUCUCCGGAGUAGUGAUGCGGCAUGACAUCCCAGACAUCGGGCCAAUGAGCGAACAGUUCCCACAUCUCAUAUUCCAUAACUUUAAGACUGAUCUUGGUCUAAGAACAAUGAGUAUACUCAAGUAUUUGUUCCCGGUGCCAAAACCCGACUCCAAGAGAGUGAUCACAUUCGCAAACAAUGAUGACUACAUCUGUUUCAGACAACAUACAUAUAAAAAGGCGGGCAAAGACAUAGAGCUAUCAGAGAUAGGACCUAGGUUCCAAAUGAAGCUGUAUGAGAUAAAGCUAGGUACCCUGGAUGCCCUGGACGCCGCCGACACGGAAUGGGCGCUCCGCCCCUACAUGAACACUGCGGCCAAACGACGGUUCUUGAGCAAUGAGGAUGGAUGGCAAGAAGAGGAAUAAAUAAAUGUUAUAUAUUUUUGUA